AUGAAUCUGAAUCCAACAUCAUCGCCCACCACAGGCAUAUCCACGAUCUCCACAUUGCCCGACGAGAUUCUCCAAUUAAUAGUCGACGACCUUGACAACCUCUCAACUUGCCAACUGAGCAUCACCUGCAGAAGACUCCAUUUUUUUGCCCUACAGAUAUUUUUUGAACGCAAUGGUCUAGGGAGUCUUGGGGAAGGAGUUUUUUCGUGCUCGAAUCCUCCCAGGGAGGCGAUUCAAGCUGCGAGGGUCGCUUUGUUCGUUCAAAACCUAUUCGUCAUCGACUUUUGCUUCAGCGAGGAUUUAUCUCGGCUUUUUUCGGACUCUAUCAGCUUGCGACGCCUGAUAUCCCGUGUCUCUCCAACCAAGCGCGUUACAUUGCGUUUUAAAGACACCUUCACCCAGGGAAAUAUUGACGUUCAUGGAUGGGAAAAAGAAUUUACUAGUCUAUUGGACACGAUUAUGGAACAACCAUGCGAGGCCCUGGAAGUGAUGGGAGGGAACAGUCUUCCUGGAUUUUAUGCACCAACCAACAACGCGAGAAUGCUCACUCCAUACCGACCGCCGGCGAAUGUUGACAAUACACAUAAGAUUUCCUUCCACUCAGCCAUUCUCUUUACUUCGCCCUUUGUUUUCUGGACCACCGCUACUCUACAGGCUCGAUCCAAUUCAAUCACUACGCUUUCAUUGGUGUUUGCAGGGAUCUCCUGGCACAUCUGGUGCGGAAUUGUAGCACUGAAAUUUGACAACCUCCAGACGCUGCAACUCCGUUUCACGGACAACCCGGGAGAACGCUCAUAUUCUGCAAACCUACUCAAAUUUCUUUCACGUCAUCCAACAAUCACUUGUCUGACCCUUUCUCGCGAUUUCGUCCCACCCCCUCCCCCCCUCAAUGCGACGAUCCUCCCUCUUUUAUCGAAGCUUACAGCACAUGCGACUUGCGUUGUGUGGCUUAUGAGUGGGCCCAAGAAUUCAUAUCCACAACUCAAGUCGGUGGAAGUCACCUCCGAACAGCUGCAUCGAGGAUAUUAUGUCCCUUACACGGCCUUUCAGGUUGACGGGGCUCUCAAAUCACUCGCCUCCGAUCCCCAUGACCGGACAAUCAUUCUCAGCUUCUUUUCUCGAGAAGGUUUGAAAGUAUGGUUUCAAAAACACAUCGACAGAGGCGACGCUUCUCUCCUCGCGUCCCUUCACAACCUCAAGCGCCUGGGGUUGAAAUUCAAUCCGUGCGAUAUUUUCAAAGAGAACCCCACAGAUAUAUUCCCGCGCUGGCUUGCUUUGUUUCCUGGGCUCGAGCAAGUUGUUUUUCAGGACGAUUUGCAGGCGCUCAGUGAGGUUCCAAAGAUGGAGGAGUUUGUCACUUCUGUGAUCCGCGGGAGUCCUGCUUUGAAGAGCGUCGCUCUAGGAACCUCUGUGGCGGCUUUGAGAGGGGACGACGAUGUUAUCCACAUUUCCCGCUCUCACAACGAUGUACAAAUCGCGUGGCGGGGCUUCUAAAUCAAUACUUGAAUUUAUUUACAUAGCGUUUGACCCUCGUCCCCUUCUCCUUUGUAAACAAUAUUUUUGAUUAGGCGGUGAUCUUUUCUUUUUUUAAAAAAAGUUUAUUUCCU